AGCUGGGGUAAGGAGUUCAAGGCAGCGCCUACACCCGCGGGCGCUCCGCAAUCCGAUCGCCUGUCCGCUCCCCCUUCCCGCCCUCCCUCCCACUCAUUCACCCACCCAGCGCCGGGACCGCAGCCCAGGAGCCGGGGCCCCGCCGCCUCCUCGCCGCGAUCCUGGACUUCCUCCUGCCGCAGCAGCCGGCUUCCACGUGUGCCCCGGAGCCGGCGUCUCAGCACACGCUCCUCUCGGGGCCUGGGUGCCUACAGCAGCCGGAGCAGACGGCGGUACGGGACUCGGGCGGCAUCUGGGCCAAGUUAGGCGCGGCUGAGUGGAGCGCCGAACGUCCGCAGGGCCUGUGGAGCCGCGGGGCGUCCGGGGCAGAGCCGCAGCAAAUGGGCUCCGACGUGCGGGACCUGAACGCCCUGCUGCCGGCUGUACCCUCACUGGGUGGCGGCGGCGGCUGCGCCCUACCAGUGAGCGGCGCCGCGCAGUGGGCGCCGGUGCUGGACUUCGCGCCCCCGGGCGCUUCGGCUUACGGUUCGCUGGGCGGCCCGGCGCCGCCGCCGGCUCCGCCGCCACCCCCGCCGCCGCCGCCCCACUCCUUUAUCAAACAGGAGCCGAGCUGGGGCGGCGCGGAGCCGCACGAGGAGCAGUGCCUGAGCGCCUUCACGGUGCACUUCUCUGGCCAGUUCACCGGCACAGCCGGAGCCUGUCGCUACGGACCCUUCGGUCCUCCUCCUCCGCCCAGCCAGGCUUCCUCCGGCCAGGCCAGGAUGUUUCCCAACACGCCCUACCUGCCCAGCUGCCUGGAGAGCCAGCCCGCUAUUCGCAACCAGGGAUACAGCACGGUCACCUUCGACGGGACGCCCAGCUACGGCCACACGCCCUCGCACCACGCGGCGCAGUUCCCCAACCACUCUUUCAAGCAUGAGGAUCCCAUGGGCCAGCAAGGCUCUCUGGGUGAGCAGCAGUACUCGGUGCCGCCCCCAGUCUAUGGCUGCCACACCCCCACCGACAGCUGCACUGGCAGCCAGGCCCUGCUGCUGAGGACGCCCUACAGCAGCGACAAUUUAUACCAAAUGACCUCUCAGCUUGAAUGCAUGACCUGGAAUCAGAUGAACUUAGGAGCCACCUUAAAGGGAGUUGCUGCUGGGAGCUCCAGCUCAGUGAAAUGGACGGAAGGGCAGAGCAACCACGGCACAGGGUACGAGAGCGACAACCACACAACACCCAUCCUUUGCGGCGCCCAGUACCGGAUACACACCCACGGCGUCUUCAGAGGCAUUCAGGACGUGCGGCGCGUACCUGGAGUAGCGCCAACUCUUGUCCGGUCGGCAUCUGAGACCAGUGAGAAACGCCCCUUCAUGUGUGCUUACCCAGGCUGCAAUAAGAGAUAUUUCAAGCUGUCCCACUUACAGAUGCACAGCAGGAAGCACACUGGUGAGAAACCAUACCAGUGUGACUUCAAGGACUGUGAGCGAAGGUUUUCUCGUUCAGACCAGCUCAAAAGACACCAGAGGAGACACACAGGUGUGAAACCAUUCCAGUGUAAAACUUGUCAGCGAAAGUUCUCCCGGUCCGACCACCUGAAGACCCACACCAGGACUCAUACAGGUAAAACAAGUGAAAAGCCCUUCAGCUGUCGGUGGCCCAGUUGUCAGAAAAAGUUUGCCCGGUCAGAUGAAUUAGUCCGUCAUCACAACAUGCACCAGAGAAACAUGACCAAACUCCAGCUGGCGCUUUGAGGGGUCUCACCCAGGGACAGCUCCGUGUCCCAGGCAGGACAGUGUGUGAACUGCUCUCAAAUUCCUCGUCACUCACCUCUCUAAGAAGGAAACUGCAGUUGAUCUUCUUCGUCCGACUUCCAAGACGAGAUACCUAUGCGACUGGAUCCUACCAGGUUUGCCCUGAGAAGGUGGUCUCUGCUUUGCCGACUUGUAGUUGACUCACGGGCCCUGGAGAAGCGGCUAGCAGCACCCGGUUAGUUAAAAGCCCAUUGUCAUUUGGUCAGGAUUUUCCACUGUAAGAAGAGCCGUUGUUGAUAAUCUCCCCUCACCCUCCCCUUCUCCUUUUAUGCUCGUUUUCACUAGGAAUGGAGUUAUUGUACCAUUUUCCAUCAUGGAAUAUUUAUAGGCCAGGGCAUGUGUAUGUGUCUGCUAAUGUAAACUUUGUCAUGGUUUCCAUUUACUAAUAGCAACAGCAAGAAAUAAAUCAGAGGGCAAGGCAUUGGGGGUGACUUGUGUCUAACAUUCCGGAGGUCAGGCAGGCUGCUAACCUGGAAGGCAGGAUGUAGUUCUACCAGGCAACUUUCAAAGCGCAUGUGUUCACGCAGCUGAAAAAAGAAUCUGAACUAACCAGUACCUCUGUAUAGAAAUCUAAAAGAACGUUACCAUUUAGUGAAUUUAAUGUUAACAUUAGCACAAUGCUCUUAAGAAACUGUAUUUGAAGAUCUGAGAUUUUAUUUUUGUGUUUUUGACUUUUUCUGAGUUAUAAUCGGAUGUGUCUUCAGAGAUGUACAUAUCUCCUCACACAAAGGAAGUGGAAUUCAUUCUCAUCAUUUGGGGUGUCCUUAGAGUGUACAGACCACGCUGGUUAUGUGGCUUCAAGUUGUAAAAAUUAAAGUGACUUUAAAAGAAAAUAGGGGCUGGUCCAGGAUCUCCUGUGAUAAGACUGUUCUUUAGUAACUUAAGUAACUUUGGGUCUACAAGUGUAUGUGAAAAAAAUGAGACUUACUAGUGUGAGGAAAUCCAUUGUUUUAAAGGUGGUUGGGUGUAUGUGUGUGUGUGCGCGCUGUGUUUUGUUUUUCUAAGGGAGGGAGUUUAUUAUUUACUGUUGCUUGAAAUUAUUGUGUAAAUAUAUGUAUCUGACAAUGAUUUGCUCUUUGACAACAACUAAAAUUAGGAAAUGUAUAAAUGUUAGAUGCAUCACUGUUGGGGUGUUGAUCUUACAAGGUAUUGGUGAUAACACUAAAAAUGUAACCUUCAUUUUCACUUUGCUCUCAAUUAAAGUCUAUUCAAAAGGAAA